AUGCAGACCCCCGAGAAACUCGUUAAUCUUCAAAAGGUGGCAUUAUCUAAGAGCCUCGUCAAGGCGACCGUUAACCAGAUUCCAGGGACUCGUUGCAAACCAAAUUCUCGACUUCCCUUUUACGGUGACCCCGGCGAAGAUUUCGAUCCUUCUCUUUUAUAUCCGCAUCUUCAGCACACCGAAGUUCCGCAUGAUAGCCUAUGCGGCUGGUUUUAUUGUCCUAGGCCACGGGAUCGGCGUCUUUUUCGCCGCGAUAUUCCAAUGUUCCCCUGUACAGCGUUCUAUCGCUACGUCUCGCCCCCGAACAUCCUGACAGAUGUCUUGAUCUUGGUCAUGCCCUUGCCGUUUGUCUGGAAGCUACAUACACGAAUGACGCAGAAACUCGCACUGACAGGUGUCUUCCUACUUGGAGGAUUGGGGACCGUCGCAAGCAUUUUGCGCAUGACUAUCUUCUUCCAGGAGAAUGCUCUCACUGACCCGACUUGGGCAUCAGUCAAUCUAGGUAUCUGGACCGUACUGGAGGCAGGCAUCAUUAUCAUUUCGGCGUGUCUCCCUUCUAUCUGGCCGUUAAUUGUUCGGAUUCUACCACGCAAACUAGUUAGCAAACACUCCUCCAAGACUCGAGGUCACCGGUACACCGCUAGCAAUGUCAAGGCGAAAAUAGGUGAUGGCUUCUCGAGACUUGGGGAGAACGUCACCGGGGAGACGGACAAGUGGCCCCUCGACGUAAAUCCCUUGCACGAGAGCCCAUUGGUAUCUAUACAUGGCCAAGGACUGGUGAAGGGCGACAGCAUAUCGCUACAGAGCCUGAACGGGACCCGACAGGAGCCGCGAUAUUCAUGGCUUCGUUAUUCUUACCCUAGCUCCUGGAUGGUUGAAGCUGAGCUAGAGGUGUUGUAG